AUAUUUCUUCCUCAAAUUAUUGACAAGUCAAGUACCUUUCAUUCAAAACAAAGAGACCUUGCCACACCCCCUUGUCAUAUAUUACUGAGGAAAAACACCCAGAAGAACUUUAACGUGCUUUAAAUAGUAUAUGAGGAUUCUGAACAGUUUUGCCAGGACCUAUAAAGCAAAACUUACUAUAUCGUCAGUUAUGUCUCUGAGUUCUUGACUUGUCGAUGAAUUUGGUACAAAAGGAAAAGCUUCUCCUGCUUGAAUACACUCCAAAGUCACCCCUCUUCCUGUGUCUGUAUCAUUUUGCCCAGUCCAAAUAAUGCUAUCCCCAGGUUGUGCAACAUUGUAGCUACUCAUCACACCAGGUAAGGAAGACAUGACUAGAGGCAGUGGUUCCAGAAAUGUUCGAAAAUUCUGAGCAUCUUGAAAGUGCGGGCACUCAUCUGUGCCACUUACUGGGAAGCCAGCAUUUUGAGAAUUAAAGUCAUUGCCUCCUACUUCUUGCCAGUAACUCCCUGGCAAAGAAUCAUCACCCGAUCCAAUCUCACCUGGUUAAAGAAGAUGCAAGAAAUAGUGUCGAUCUCUUUGGCCCUCUUCAGGGUUUAAGUGAUCUACCAAAUAAUGUGGCCAAAUAAAAAAUGUAAAUUUCGAGGGCCAGAAAAAGUUAAGAAAAGAUAUCCAAAUUGUUUUAUGAGACUUUUUCAAAACGGACAGCGAGACAUUGUGAAGUUAUUCACACCUAUUUUGGCCGUUAUAAUUCACACUUAAUUUGGCCGUUGUGUUUUGCCAUGAUAUACAAAUGCUUGUCAUGAAUGAUACGUUAAAAAUUUUUUAGUCAAUUAUUAGAUGGUUGGCCAAAGAAUCUCACCAAGAAGCUGCAAAAGGUCCUUAUUUUUGCUCAAGCGACUUGCCUCCAGUAUUUCUUGGAUUGAAGCCGAUGGAUGUUCUAUUUGGUCUACAUUGACAGAACUCGCUUCUUCCGAUAAUGCCUGAUUAUCAAACCACUGAUACAAGCCUGUUACCCUUGGAACACUUUCGAAAAGAAAUAAACAACACAAUCACAAUCAGCUUUCCAUUUCGCAAAGUCAAGAUAAAAUUUUGCCACCUACGCACAAAAUCGCUCCUACAUCGCAGAACUGUAAGUAAUGUAGUGCCUCACUUACCAUUCGUCAUUCUUGUCAUGUUCCGGUUUCAUCUCAAGGUUAAUUGGCCAUUGGAUGGAACUAUUGGUCAUUUCGUUGCCGAUUUCGGCUGACGCUUCACCUCGCAUCAUGCAACUGUGCUCUGGCGAGGGUUUCAAAUCAGUAUCUAGCAAGCUUUCGCUUACAUGAGAGCGAACCGAGGAUGGUAGAGAUUCCAUGCUAUCCAUGGCCGAAUACCAGGGAAGCCUUUCAGAGCAGGUCUAGAAAACGUCUUUGAAAUAUACUUUGAAGAAGGUUCACCAUGCGAAUUUUAUCCUCACCGUUGAAUGACGUUGCUCAUUUCAAAUAGCGCGGCCCGCCUCCCGCCUUGACGUCAGGGCUGUCGUGGCAGCAGGUUAAUUUGGCGCGAAAAAAUUUUAAUUGACAAAUUUUGGUUCAAAUAUGGCGAGAAACUAUGGCGUCGAAAGUAUUCCCACUGAGGAUCAAACAGUUGAAGAUGAUUACAUCGACGAACUUAUCAGGAAGUACCUCAACGACGAGGACAUGAAUAGUUUUUACGAAGACACAAGUAUUCCCUCACUAACCUCCCCUGAGACUGACAAAUGGCUCGGAGAAGUGGUCCCACCAGACUUCAAUAACAACCAGGAUUUUUCCGUACCAGAACUCUUUAUGUUGGAGGAUGUGAGUAGUUUACCUGACAUGUUCGACGAUACGGGGUCCGACGAAGAAGUGCUGUCUAUUUUGGACGAAAUAAUUAUGAAGGACGAAAAGAAAACAGAAGCAAAAGUUGUAGUAUCAGGAGAGGUCAAACAUGUUCAAACAACCCCAAAACUUGAGCGAAAAAGACACGCCACAGCACUUAAUGGAGACCCAACAUCACAGAACAUGAAGAAAAUACAAAGGACUUCAGUAGACAGGCGAGUACAACCUACUUGCAGAAGGCCAAUAAUCAUGAAAAGCAGAACUAAAAGAAGGAAUGUUGAAGAGUGAAAUAAUUCACAUUGGUUCUUUUAAUAACCUUUGAAUAUAAUAAGUAAAAACUGCCAACUGCCUCCAGAGUCCUGAUGUUAUUAACUGCCAGCGUAUAUGUUCUUUAAUUUUUGGCUCAUUUUUAAGCUGCUCUCUGAAACAAAUCAAGAUCAUUUACAAGAACAAAACUUUCAAAGGACUAAAUUAAUACAAGCCAAGCUUAACCUUUUUUAAGGCAUCUUAUUUUUUUCAAACCCAUUUAUAUUUUAGUUAGAGAAGCUGGAAAUGAAAUAUUGUCACAAAUUUCCUUUGACAUUAUUU